AUGAAGGCGAUGUGCAGCUGGCUUUUCAUCGUCAUUUAUCUACUCUCAAGUGUUAUUGUUCGUUCAGAACAAAUGAGUUCAUAUUCGACCUCCCCCUAUCCGGGACUAUUUUGCGGUGCUCUCAAAGACUAUCGCGGAGAAAAUGGAGAAAUUGAUGAAGGAAAAUUUUAUUCAGAUGUGUUUGGUGGCAAUAGCAGCAGUGAUGAUAAUGAGGAGGAUGAGGAUGAAGAAGACGAAGAUGAUGAAGAUGAGGAGGAGGAGGAUGAAGAAGAUGAGGAGGAGGAAGAUGAGGAGGAGGAUGAAGACGACGAUGACGAGGAAGAUGAUGAUGAGGAUGAUGAGGAUGGAGAUGAGGAAUAA